AUGUCAAGUGCCAGAAUGCUUUCUGCUGCCACAGGACCUCGCAUCCUCCUUGGUAUCGCUUCGCACAACUCCUCUUUUGCCGAGGAAAGCCGAAUGCGUAGAAUCAUUCGCAACACUUAUCUAAAGUGGUUUGGGUCAGAGGUGCUAGGUAUAUCCGCGAAAUCUAUUUGCGCUUUGAAUUCGAGUAUAAAAUCCCCCCUGAGUGAAAUUCCGGAUUGCCAAAUAGUGUAUGCUUUCAUAUUGGAUACCAAUGUUACCGAUUCCCUGGGAAUGGAACCAGAUGCCAUAUGGCUUGACGAACGUAAAUCUACUACCAUUGCGCGAAGCGAUACCAAAAUGAGUUGGUUCACCUUUGCUAGCGAAUUAGAUACCCCGAGAGUGUUUGACUAUGUCAUGUACGCAACAACUGAAAUAUCUUUUCUCCCCACUGUUUUUUGGAAUGGGAACGUUGUUAUGCGGUCUCAUCACCCUUACGUUUUUGCCGGACUGCCCAAAAACUCUACGGGUACGCAUUGUAAUUCACAUGAGUGCUUCGAUGACAAUUUUUUGUGCCUGUCAAGGAAACUUGUAAGCGAGUUUGUCCGGAUCGCGGACCACUACAGCUCGAACAAGCCUCCGAAAGUCUGGGAAAUGCUAAGCGUAUGUAGCAACCAGUCGGGACCAACUGCCAUGAGGGGUGUGAGAAGGCAGAGCAAUCUGGCGGUGGAGGCGCUCAAGAAAUGGGACGACUACGUAGUAAAAGUGAUAGACUUUAUUGACGAGAAAGAAGUAAAACGAGUGGAAGGAAUCACAGGUAAAAAUGCGUUAGCCUACAAUGGAUACAAUGGAAGUCCUAGGAUGUUAAUGGGCAUUUUUACCUACGACGCAAGCACAAUAACAGAACAUCAAAGACGAAAAGCAAUAAGGGAGACUUACUUGAAUGCGUACAAAAAUAGCAAAACUCCGAAUCGGAUAUGUUCACUCCAAGAGUUGCUAGCGAAAACCGUACACGAAGUGGAGUGUCAGCUCGCUUACAGCUUUGUUUUUGGUGCUAGUCCCGAAGCACCCCCAAUCAACUUAAACGCUGCAUCACUCCAUGAAAUUGAAAUUCAAAAUGUCAAGAAUAAGGAGUCAGAUGCCGUAUACUUGAAUAUAAGAGAAAAUCUUGCCGAAGGCAAGUCGGAAACUUGGAUGAAAUAUGCAGUUCUUUUGCAGGACUAUCUCUAUUUUGAUUAUAUUAGCACAGUAGAUACUGACACCUUGGUGUUUCCACGGAGAUUUUUGCCAGAAAUGUCACUGCUGCCAAAAUUUCCAAGAAAUGCUAGAGCUUAUGGAGGUCAAGAUGAUAUCAAACGAGGUGAACUUGACAAUGAAAUCGCCGGGGCAUCUUUCAUGAGAGGGGCAUCUUUCAUGAGAGGCAGAUUCUACUGGAUGUCUCCUGACCUGGCUCGAUAUGUUGUAGAGCAGUGUAAUCGAACCAUCCUCCCUUUUUCUGAGGACAAGGCAAUUGGUAACUGCGUUAAUACGCACGGGCUUCCUAUUCAACGCAUGCGAGUCCACAGAAGCUCAUAUGCUCACCCAGUGAAGCAUCCGGACAACAUGAGGAAUUACUGGAAAAGCCAUGGUCAUUUGAGCAUGGAAUGA